AUGUCCAAGACUUAUUUUAUUUCAGGGGGAAACAGAGGCAUUGGCUUCUCGCUCGUGAAAGAAAUGAGCGGCCACUCGUCGAACACCGUGGUUGCUACCGCCAGAGACAUCAACAAGGCAACAGAGCUCAAGAAGUGGUCUGAGGCACACUCUAAUGUCAAGAUUGUGCAAUUGGACGUUUCGUCUGCCGAAAGCGUGAAAAGAGCUGCUGCAGAAGCCGCGCGUAUUCUUCCAGACGGUCUUGACGUUUUGAUUUCGAAUGCCGGCAUUGCUAACCCUUACAACAGUACCUUGGAAUCUCCGGACGAAUCGUUUAUCGAGCAUUUCAACGUGAAUACUCUGGGCCCGAUCCGGCUAAUUAGAGCUCUAAAACCCUUGCUGGACAAGAAGAGCUCAAAAGAAAUUGCUGUGGUGUCUGCGCUUGCUGGUUCAAUAACCCAUGUUUUUCCCUUUCCCCUCAGCUCGUAUGGUGUAUCCAAGGCUGCAAUAAAUUAUCUGAUCAGACAACUAGACCGCGAAAUGUCACCAGAUGGCUACAGUAUUGUCUCAAUUCAUCCUGGCAUAGUAAGCAGCGACAUGGGAGAUAAGGCUUUGGAGAAAUUGGAUCCGGAGUAUUUGAAGCAGAUGCUGGAAACGAUGAAAGUGACCAUCGUCACCCCGGAUGAGUCUGCCUCUGGUAUUAAUAAGAACAUUUUGCAAGAUUUGAAAACCAAGCACUCUGGCAAGUUUUUGAGUUACGAUGGUUCCGAAGUUCCGUGGUGA